UGAGAGUGUAUUGUCCAGUAUCGUCUGUGUUGUCUGAAAAUAAUAAAAUGUUUUGUACGCAAUAUUAGUGUUUUUAGAAUUACAGGUUUCCACAAAUAAUCGAUUGUUAAGAAGAUACAUUUUCAUUCUGCACAAAAAUGGUUUGUUCUGAAGUUAUAGAAAAUGCUGAAUGCAACUCUGCUAAAAAAAUAAAAACUGAAGUAAUUAAUAAUGUAAAAGAAGAAAUAAAAAUAGAUUCCCCAAAUUUAAAACUUAAACCUGAAAAGUGUAUCAGAUGUAAACAGUUUCUGGACUCGGCUCCUGUAUAUAAUGGUCACCCAAACAAUUCAAAUGAAGAAUUCAUUGCUUUAACAGAUGAAAAGUUGUCUUUAUACACUGGGAAAGAAGAAAACAUCAAUGAAAACGAUGAAUUUCCAACUCACAAGAUUACAUACUUCAGUGUUUAUGAUGAUAAAGGGCACCUGUGCCCAUUUGAUAGCGGACUCGUAGAAAGCAAUGUUGAAUUAUUUUUUUCUGGUUAUAUUAAACCUGUGUAUGAAGAGGACCCCAGCACUAAUAAUGGUAUCCCGGCUCAUGACUUAGGACCUAUUAAUGAAUGGUGGACUGCAGGUUAUGAUGGCGGAGAAAGAUUACCUAUAGGGUUUUCAACAGCUUACGCAGAAUAUUACUUAAUGGAUCCAUCUCCAGAGUAUGAAUCUAUUUUUAGAAGAAUUCAAGGAAAAAUUAAAUUGACAAAAAUGGUCAUUGAAUUCCUACUUGAUCAAGGAUGGGAAAAUCCAAACUAUGAAGAUUUAGUUCAACAUGUAGAGAGUUCAGGAGAGUAUUCGGCAGUAGAAGACACUCUACUUCAAAAUGCUCAAUUCAUAUGCAAUCAGGUAGUGAAUUAUGACGCAUUAUCUACAGAUGAUGAAAAACCACUAAUUUCUCUGCCUUGUAUGCGUUCCCUUGUAAAAAUGGCAGGAGUAACAUUCCAAAAGGGUAAAAAGAUGAGAAAAGCUGAAAACAAAGGACUAAAGAUUAAAAAGGGACCCAUUUGGACUAAAGCUGUGACAACAAAUCUUGUAAGAGAUGUUUUCGAACACUUUUUCUUGGAUCAAAUCGACAAUAAGGACACUAAAGAUGACAACAAAGCUCCAAAGAAGAAAAGAUGCGGAGUGUGUGAAGCUUGUCAGUCUCCUGAUUGUGGAGAAUGUAAUCAUUGUAAAGAUAUGUUGAAAUUUGGAGGAUCUGGGAGGUCAAAGCAGGCUUGUAAAAAUCGAAGGUGUCCAAAUAUGGCAAUACUAGACGCAGAACUAUCAGAUAACGAAGAUGAAACUGACACAAAAAUCGAGCUAAAGAAAGAAAAAAAGAAAAUUUGUUCUAAGAGAAUAUUACACAAUGUUAAAUGGGGAGAAAAAUUAACAAAAAAAUAUAAAGGAAAUGAAUGUUAUUCUUCAGCUGUCGUGGGUGAAAUCGUUAUAAAACCUGGGGACUUUGUCACACUGAAGCCAGAAAACCCAAAUGAACCGCUAUGUAUUGCAAAAAUUGUGUAUAUGUACGACAAGCCCCCACAAAAGUUUAUGUUUCACGGACAUCUGUUUUGUCGAGGUGCUGAUACAAUUUUAGGGGAAACAUCGGAUCCUAGAGAAUUAUUUUUAGUAGACAGCUGUGAAGACCUACCACUAGGAGCUAUUGUUCAUAAGGCAGAGGUGGAAUUCAGAAAACAGCCAAACAACUGGUUUGAUCUAGGUGGUGAAAUAAACUUACAAGAACCUUUAGAAGAUGAUGGAAAAACAUUCUUUUACACCAAAAGGUUAGAAGAAAACAGAUUUAUUGACAUUGAAUUGGAUUCUGAAACUUCAGAUGAAUGUGUUUCCUGCAAGUAUAGAACCGAGAAGAAAAUGUACAACACUCCUAUAUAUGACGAAGGUUGUAUUAAGUGGAAAAAUAGUGAGUACAAAGUUGGUACGGGAGUUUUCCUCAAACCCGAUACAUACGCUUUUAAAAAUAACAGAGAUGUAGAAACGGGCGACUCUAAAGAAAACAACGUUGAGGAAUCCCUAUAUCCAGAAUUUUAUAGAAAGAAAUCGGAUAACAUUAAAGGGUCUAAUAUAGAUACACCAGAACCAUUCACUAUAGGUCUUAUUGAAGAAAUACAAAAGCAAAAUAAUUCGAUAAAAAUUAAAACUAGGAUAUUUUAUCGACCAGAAAACACUAUAAGCUCAAUUUUCUUGUCGCACGUUAAAGAUUUAAAUUUCUUGUAUUACACGGAAGAAGUUAUAACCACUUCAUUUGAAAACGUGGCAGGCAAGUGUUACUUAGCUUUCGGUGACAAUUUAGAAUCGACAAGCGACUGGUCGAAGAAAGGGCCGUUUAGAUUUUACUUUACGGAAUCGUAUAAUCCUAAAACUCACAAAAAUGACGAAGUUCCAAUGCAAGCUAGAAGAAUAGGAACAUUGGGGAAAGGCAAAGGUGGUAAAAGCAAAGGCAAAGUUAAAUCGGAGAAAGAAUUACCUGAAUCGCCUCUUGAGUGGGGGACUAUAAGCACUCCCUUGAAAUGUAUGGAUGUAUUUGCUGGUUGCGGAGGACUCUCAGAGGGAUUACAUCAGUCGGGAAUUGCCGAAGCCAAAUGGGCGAUUGAGAAAGAAGUAGCAGCGGCGCAAGCCUUUCGUUUGAACAAUCCAGACUGUAAAGUAUUCACCGACGACUGUAAUUCACUUUUAAAAUUGGUUCUAAGUGGACAGGCAAAGGAAAAAGGUCUUCCAGUCAAAGGUGAAGUAGAGAUGCUUGUAGGAGGUCCACCAUGUCAGGGAUUUUCAGGAAUGAAUAGAUUCAAUGCGGGACAGUAUUCUCUUUUCAAGAACUCGUUAGUUGUUUCUUUCCUUAGUUACUGUGAAUAUUACAGACCAAAAUACUUUAUUCUGGAGAACGUCAGGAAUUUCGUAUCUUUUAAAAGAAGUAUGGUUUUAAAGCUUACCUUAAGAUGUCUACUUGCGAUGGGAUACCAAGUAACUUUUGGAGUAUUACAAGCGGGACAUUACGGGGUUCCGCAAACAAGAAGGAGGCUUAUUUUGAUGGCUUCGGCACCGGGUUACAAUUUACCAAAAUACCCCGAACCGUUACAUGUGUUUAAUAGGAGAGGAACACAGUUGUCUUUUGCUGUAGACGGUUCACGUUAUUAUAAUGGCUGUGAAUGGACUGAAUCUGCACCUUAUAGAACGAUAUGUGUACGAGAUUCAAUGUCAGAUUUACCCGAUAUAAAAAAUGGGUGUAGUAAAACAGAAAUGCCAUAUGAUGGCGACGCUGUUUCCCACUUUCAAAAAUUAAUGAGAGGAACUGAUGAAAGCGACUUAGUGAGAGAUCAUAUUUGCAAAGAAAUGUCACCAAUCGUUGAGGCGAGAAUGUCGCAAAUUCCAACUUAUCCUGGGGCAGACUGGAGGGAUUUACCUAAUAUAUCAGUGAAAUUAAAUGACGGGACCAUGACGAAGGUUUUGCGUUACACCUAUAGUACCAAAAAACAAAAAAAACAAGAUACACCUCGAGGGGUAUGUCAGUGUGCCACUGGUGGUCUGUGCGAUCCUUCUGAUAGACAGUUCAAUACGUUGAUUCCUUGGUGCCUUCCUCAUACAGCUGACCGACAUAACCAUUGGGCUGGACUCUAUGGUAGACUUGAAUGGGAUGGAUUUUUUGGAACAACUAUAACUAAUCCAGAACCCAUGGGGAAGCAAGGAAGGGUGCUCCACCCAGAGCAGAAUCGAGUUGUAAGUGUAAGAGAAUGCGCUCGUUCCCAAGGAUUUCCUGAUAGAUUUAAAUUUUUUGGAAAUAUACUGGAUAAACACAGGCAAGUUGGAAAUGCUGUACCGCCACCUUUAGGAGCUGCACUUGGAAGAGAAAUAUGUAAAGCUUUAGUUUCGACCAAACCUGUCAAGCAGGAAUAAACUUUUAUAUAUCGACUAUUAACAAACUUUUAAUGUUUUUGUAUUUUAUCGAC